CUACCUGGUGGAAAACAUCAACAUUGUUUGGAUGUUAUUGCUGGAGAUGUCAAGCUUAUGAAGAUUGAGGCCAAAAAGAUUUAUGAUAGCAUACGAUUUGACUAUGAAACCCAGAGUAUUGUUAAGACUACCAUUCCCAUGCCAUCACAAGUUACUGCUCCAAUAUCUAAUGAAGCUGUGGUGGGUCUCAAUGACGAGGGGGAAAUUAUAAUUGAUGGACUUGUAAGGGGACCAAGCCGGUUGGAUAUUGUUGCCAUUGUGGGUAUGCCUGGUCUUGGUAAGACAACAUUAGCCAAUAAAGUUUAUGGUGAUCCUUUGGUAAAGUCCCACUUUCACAUUCGUUCUUGGUGUUGUUUUUCUCGAGCAUAUACCAAGCAUAGUUUGUUAGUUCAAAUGUUGUGUAAUAUUGAUCAUGGGAACUCAGCUGGAUAUAUUCGGAAAGAUGAAGAUUAUAUGGCUGACAGGCUACGCAAAUUGUUGAAGGGAAAUAGGUAUCUCAUAGUUUUGGAUGAUGUUUGGGACAUUCUGGGGUGGGAUUUAUUGAAACUCUCACUGCCAGAUGAUUGCAAUGGAAGCAGGAUUCUCUUAACCAGCAGAUUUCAGGAAUUGCCAUUGCAAAUUAAACUUGAUAGCGAGCCUCACCAUCUUCGCCCGCUUACAGAUAAUGAGAGCUGCGAAUUGCUGCAGAAAAAGCUAUUUGCCAAAGAAGAUUGUCCCCCAAUAUUAAGCAAUGUUUUACUGCAUGCAGCAAAAUACUGUAAAGGCCUGCCUCUCACAGUUGUCCUUGUUGCCGGAAUUCUUACUACUACCGAGCAAGAUUGCUGGGAAGAAGUUGUAAUACAUUUAACUUCCAGCAUUUAUGUUGACAAUGAAUAUUGCAUGAAGACAAUUGAGCUAAGUUACAAUAAUUUACCAAAUUAUUUGAAGCCAUGUCUUCUUUACUUCGGUGCAUUUCAAGAAGACAAAGAAAUUCCCAUUCGAAGGUUGUUAUGGAUUUGGAUCUCGGAAGGAUUCGUGCAAAAGACUGAAGGAAAGUGUUUAGAGGAUGUGGCAGAUGAAUAUUUGAUGGAUCUGAUUGGGAGAAGUUUAGUUAUGGCUCCCCAACAAAGAUCUUUAGGUGGGAUCAAAGCUUGCCGAAUCCAUGAUUUGGUACAUGAAUUUUGCAUGGAGAAAGCUAAAGAAGAAAGUUUUCUACAGAUUUUACGUGUGGAUAACCUUUUAACUUUUACUGGACCAUGCAAGCCCCAUCGAUUGUCUAUCCACCCUACCAAGACUAUGGGGCUUACAAAAUCAAGGCUGUUUUUUCCCAAUUUGCGGUGUUUGCUCUUCUGUGGUGAUAGUUAUACACAGCUGGAUAAGAAUUCAUCCAAAUUUCUGCUGUCUAAACUUCUUAGAGUGCUGGAUUUCUGGAACACUCCUUAUUGGAUUUCAUCUUUUCCAAGGGAAGUAGUAUUCCUUAUUCACUUGAGGUACUUGAGAAUUGGACGUUUUGUUGGGGAUAUCCCAUCUGCAAUAGCCAACCUCUCAAGGUUAGAAACUUUUGUAGUAGAAGCACGCCGUAGAAAUUAUAUGUUGCCAAACACUAUCUGGAACAUUGAAACAUUGAGGUAUCUUGUCACAUCAUUGUCCGACUGUGGUUUCAUAUUUCCCAUGGACAAUCUUGAAGGCUCCCCUGAUUUAAAACAUUUAGACACUUUAAGCCUUGCAAUCGAUCUCUCUUCUCAAAGUGCACAGAAGAUACUGGCAAAGUUACAGAGCACCCGCAGGCUAACAAUAACAUAUGGAAUCCAAAGGAAAAGUUACCGAGCAGUUGAAUCUGGUGGAAAUCGCAAGGAGAUUCCCUUGCUGAACUACAUGAGUCGACUAGAAUCACUUAAGAUAAGCAGGAUUAGCGGAGAUGAGUUUGAAUUCUCAUUGAAUUUGAAUUUGAAAAAGUUGACUCUCUCGGAUAAUUAUUGGCCGUGGGGAAAAAUUUCAGCAAUUGGAAGAAAUCUGCCCAACCUUGUAGUGCUCAAAUUAUGCCAUCGUUCCGUUCGGGAGGAAGAAUGGGAGAUGGAAGAAGGGGAAUUCCGUAACCUCCGAUUUUUGAAAUUGUCAGGGUUGUACAUUCGUAGGUGGACUGCGUCUUCUGAUAAUUUUUCCUGUCUUGAGAAAUUGGUUUUGGAGUUUUGUGAGGAGCUGGAAGAGGUCCCUCCUUGUUUAGGGGAAAGCCUCACUCUUAAAAUGAUUGAGGUGAAAAGGUGUAGUGAGUCUGCUGUAAAUUCUGUGGAGCGAAUUCUGCAAGAACAGAGAGAAUGGGGAAACAAGGACUUAAAGAGCGUUAUUAUUAGAUCUACUCAGAAAAGGGGUCAAAGAAGAGAAGAAUUCCACUCAUGAGAUUGGUAUGAUCCUUAAAACCAGCUGAGCACAAGCAUAAAUGUCAAGUACACAUUUUUAUUUCUUUUAUACAUUUCAGCUUAAGUAAUGCAGAGUAGGUUUCUUUUCUUGAAGUAAAUGGCUGAAUGCCCUGAGACUUUCUUUUUUCCUUUUUUUUUUAAUGCAAAGAAUGCUGUUUGCUUUUGCAACCUUGUUGGGUAGAAUAGGUGUAUAUAGUUAAUGACAGCUUGGCAAACAUGAGAAUCUGGUUCUAAUAAGUACUAUUUUCUGUGUACUUAAUCUUUAAUAAUAAUUUGCUUGAAGAUAUUUUUCAUGGAUUCUUGUUCUCCCAUAUCACUGAUUCAGCGAAAAGAUGCUGAAAGUUCCUGGGGGUGGAGGAAUUUCAAACUAGAUGAAAGGAUGUUGUACCAGAAAAUUUUAAGUAUUUAGGCUGUUGCUAUGUUCUUCAUCCGACUUAGCAUGCAUUCUGACGUCCCAUUUGCAAUUAGUUGGUAAGCUGCAUCUUCAACAGGUGGCUCAAAUCUAUCAAUAUGAGUCUAGCUUAGAAUCAAUUUCUUUGGCUUGGGCACAUCUGUUGUGAUUUAUCCUAGCAGCGAUCCUGUUGCAUUUUUGUAAGAAUAAGCAGCAUCAACACUUCGAAAUUUUCAAGGUCCAGUAUUUGUUAGUUGCUGAUCAAAGUGGGAAGAGAAGUUCUUUCAAGAAGGGAAAAAAAUACAAUGAAAUAGAUGGAAGAGAAAAAUAUCCUAACUUCUGGCUCAUAGAUCAACUGCCAGCUAGAGAAAAAUGGAAAUGAGCAAAAAGCAGGAAUACUACCAACUGGAUGAAUAUCUUGACGAAGUAUUCAUUAAUAUAUACUUGUUGGAAUGGGACGGGUGAGCUCAGAAAAGUGGUCUCUACCUCUCAGCAAAUGGCUAUGACAAAUGAUGCUUGAAAGUGAAACUAACGUUUAAUGAUGCCAUGAUGCCUCUACCAUGAUUCUGCUUUGGUGCGUUGAUUAGUUUGUUGUACAAGUCGUUUUCUAACACUUCAGAAGGCGAACUACAUCAUUGAUUAUAAGUUGCCGGUACUAGUUGUGCAUUAUCCACGUAACUUCUGCUCUUCUAGGAUUGGCUAUGAAAGAUGUUUGUGCAGCAUCUACUUAUUCACUCUCUCUCAUCUUUUGCCGGUCAGUGGAAAGGAAAGUUAUCUGGAAGAUAGCCUGAUAGUCAUUGUCUAUAUAAGAAGUUGAUGCUCAAUGCUGUCAAAAUUUUUGUCUUGUGCCAUUUGAUAUAAGAUCUGAAAUGGUAAAAGAAUAAAUAUAAUUUGAUGCUAAACUGGCACAGCCAAAGUGGUUUGUUCGUGUCUAAUUCUUGUGCUUUGUUGUGAAAAUUGUAAUGAAAGCCAUUCGUUCAGGUA